GGUUUUAGUGUUUGGGAAGUUGGGUAAAAAUGGGAAGUUUAGUGUGGGUUUUGUUAGUGGUUGCAUGUUCAUAUGGAAGCAGUGGUGCAAGUGGGUACAGGAAAUAUGAAACUGGGGGUGGCACUGUUGAUGACAAGUUGAAUGUGCAUUUGGUUGCUCACUCCCAUGAUGAUGUCGGCUGGUUGAAGACCGUGGAUCAGUACUACAUUGGAUCAACCAACCACAAUCAGUACUACUCGCAUGAAUGUGUAGAGAAUGUGCUGGACUCUGUUGUUAUGUCACUGCGCCGCGAUCCCAAUAGGAAGUUUGUAUUUGCUGAGAUGGCAUUUUUCAAUCGAUGGUGGGAAGAGCAAAGCCCAGAGAUUCAAGCACAAGUAAAACAGCUAGUAGCUUCUGGGCAGUUGGAAUUCGUAAAUGGAGGGUGGUGUAUGCACGACGAGGCAGCGUCCCAUUACAUAGACGUGAUUGACCAAACAACUUUAGGGCACCAGCUCAUAAAGACUCUGUUCAAUGUAACUCCGCGUGCUGGGUGGCAGAUCGAUCCAUUCGGGCAUUCCGCAGCGCAAGCUUAUCUCUUCGGGGCUGAGUUGGGGUUCGAUUCUGUGCAUUUUGCGCGUAUUGAUUAUCAAGACAAAGCAAAACGUAAGAAUGACAAAUCUCUUGAGGUUGUAUGGCGCGGCUCCAAAACUUUUGGAUCUUCAUCUCAGAUAUUUGCAAAUGCAUUUUAUGAUCACUAUGGUCCACCAUCUGGUUUUCGUUUUGAAGUGAAGGAGAACUUUGUUCCAAUCCAGGAUAAUCCUCUUCUUUCCGACUUCAACGUGGAGGAGCGUGUUAAUGAUUUUAUCAAUGCUGCUCUGUUUCAGGCAAAGGUAACGCGGGCAAAUCAUAUCAUGUGGACCAUGGGGGGUGACUUUGAAUACCAGUAUGCUGAGACUUGGUUCAAGCAAAUGGAUAAAUUAAUUCAUUAUGUCAACAAGGAUGGUCAAGUAAAUGCUCUAUACUCUACUCCAUCAAUUUAUGUUGAUGCAAAGCAUGCAGCUAAUGAAAUCUGGCCCCUCAAAACAGAUGAUUAUUUUCCAUAUGCAGACCGUGAAAAUGCUUAUUGGACUGGUUUCUUCACCAGUCGCCCAGCUUUCAAGCGAUAUGUUCGUAUGCUGAGUGGAUACUAUCUGGCAGCUCGCCAACUAGAAUUUUGGACUGGAAGGAAAUCCACUGGUCCUAACACUUACAGUCUAGCAGAUGCUCUAGGAAUUGUGCAGCACCAUGAUGCUGUCAGUGGUACUGCAAAACAGCACACAACAAAUGACUAUGCGAAACGAUUGGCAAUUGGAGCUUCAGAGUCAGAAAUUGUAGUGAACUCAGCUUUAUCAUGCCUGGUAAAUUCAAAAUCAAAUGGUCAAUGUGAUGGAUCAACAUCAUCAUUUAGCCAGUGCCAAUUACUCAAUAUAAGUUAUUGCCCACCAACUGAGGAAGAUAUAACAGAAGGGAAGAGUUUGGUUAUUGUGGCCUAUAAUUCACUUGGAUGGAAUCGUACUGAUGUCAUCAAGAUACCAGUUAAUGAUGCUGAUCUUAUUGUACACGAUUCCAUGGGAAAUGUUGUAGAUGCACAAUACAUAGAGUUGGAUAGUGUUACAAGCAACUUGAGAGAAUUUUAUGUUGAGGCUUAUAUUGGAAAAUCACCAAAAAAAGCGCCAAAGUAUUGGCUUUUGUUCCCAGUAUCUGUGCCACCUCUAGGAUUGAAUUCUUACUUUGUUUCUAAAGCAUCUCAGAAAAGGGGUCACAAUAAUGGCUAUAUUACAGCGAUGGGUCUUCAAAAUGAUGAAACUGUUGAAAUUGGACCGGGGAAUCUGAAACUGUCCUUUUCGUUGGCAUCUGGACAACUUACACGUAUUUUUAAUUCAAGAACAGGGGUGGAUAUACCGGUACAACAAAGCUAUCUUUGGUAUGGUUCGGGAUACCAGUAUCCACAGGCUUCAGGUGCAUAUAUAUUUCGACCAGACAAGUCAACUCCAAAUACUGUUUCAACAUCGGUUCAACUAAAGGUCAUACGUGGACCCUUGGUCGAUGAAGUUCAUCAGCAAUUCAGCUCAUGGAUAUCUCAGGUUGUUAGAGUUUACAAAGAUAAAGAGCAUGCUGAAUUUGAAUUUACUAUUGGCCCGAUUCCUAACCGUGGUGAAGAGAUCAUCACAAAAUUGACAACUAAUAUGGCCACAGACAAAGUGUUCUACACUGAUUCUAAUGGAAGAGAUUUUCUUAAAAGGGUUAGAGAUUACAGAUCUGAUUGGCCCCUCCAAGUUAAUGAACCUGUAGCAGGAAACUACUAUCCGAUCAAUCUUGGAAUUUACACAGUGGAUAAUAAAUCAGAGUUUUCUGUUUUGGUUGACCGUGCCACUGGAGGAGGCAGUAUACAGGAUGGGGAAAUAGAACUAAUGCUCCAUAGGCGAACAAUCUAUGAUGAUUCUAGAGGAGUAGAAGAACCUCUUGAUGAGACAGUAUGCGUUGGGUUCAAAUGCGAUGGACUAAGCAUUCGAGGGAACUACUACGUGAGUGUCAACCAAGUAGGCGCUGGAUCUCAUUGGCGCAGAACAACCGGCCAAGAAAUCUAUUCACCCCUCCUCUUGGCUUUUGGACAUGGGAAUCCCGAAGAAUGGAAGGCAUCUCAUUUGACAAAGGCCACCAUGAUGGAUCCAAACUACAGUUUACCUCCUAAUGUUGCAUUAAUUACUCUGCAGGAGUUGGCUGAUGGAGGUGUACUACUCCGUUUCGCACAUCUAUACGAGGCCGGUGAAGAUGCUGAUUAUUCGUCAUUAGCUAAAGUGGAACUCAAGAAGAUGUUCCCUGGGAAAACAAUAAAGGCGAUCAAGGAGAUGAGCUUAUCUGCUAAUCAAGAAAAAUCUGAGAUGAAGAGAAAGAGUUGGAAGGUUGAAGGUGACAAUGGCAGUGAAGCUACUCCCAUUCGCGGUGGUCCUGUUGAUCUGUCAAGUUUAGUAGUCGAGCUCGGUCCCAUGGAGAUACGCACUUUCGUGUUAAGUUUAGUCGAGCUCGGUCCCAUGGAGAAUGUGAGCAGAGUUGGUACACAACCCCACAGCUCAGCAUAAGCUUAUUAGUUGAGCUGUGUGUUUUCCUCUUUUCUGUUUGUGGCUGUUACCCUUAUUUCUAUAUGAGGGUGAAUAAGGCAUUUGCCUUUUAACACGAAAUGUUAUGAAUAAACGUGUUAAUCCAUUAACAUUUUUUUAAAAAAAUACAUUUUAUAUCUAUCUAGUAUUAUAAUAAGAUGCGUUAUAAAUUAAUACU